CUCCUGCCUCCCCUCCUCAAGGUGCUGUCUGAGCGGGGACACCAGAGCUGGGCCGGCGAGGCCCCCAGGCUGCAGCCAGACUCCAGAGCCCUCCGGUACAUGAAGAGGCUCUACAAGAUGUCUGCUACCAAGGAGGGCAUCCCAAAGGCCAACAAGAGCCACCUCUAUAACACUGUUCGACUUUUCACUCCGUGCUCGGAAUGCAAGCACCACCACAGGGACCUCAGGAAAGGAGAUGUUCACUCGGUGGAUUUACUCUUCAACCUGGACCGUGUUACUGCUCUAGAGCACUUACUCAAGUCUGUCUUGCUCUACUCCUUUGACACACCCCUUCCCAUUUCCUCUUCCACGACGUGCACGUGCCGUUUGUCUGUGAAGGAGCAGGAUUUUCCCGGCCAGGUCUGCCCCAGGGUCUCUCACUCCCUGGCCCUCAGCCUGCACGAAGUUAGGAAGCGCAGGUGGGUGGAGAUCGACGUGACUUCUUUCCUCCAGCCACUCAUAGCCACCAACAGGAGGAACAUCCACAUGGCUGUGAACUUCACUUGUCUGACGGGUGACCCACGACACGACACUCAACUGGAAACCCCCCUUGAUGCAGCUCUGGUUCCCCCUUCUCUCCUUCUCUACCUGAACGACACCAGCGAGCAGGCGUAUCACAGGUGGAACUCACUGGGACACGGGGGGAAAACCCCAGCGCGGCCCUGGCGAGGGAACAGGCCCCGCGCGGGUCCUACGGGUGAAGAGCACUCACAGGGUAAAAGGGCCUCUCGACGUCGAAGAGAUGAGAACCUGAAGGAAGCACCGGCAACUCCCCCUUCUAACCUGAGCGAGUACUUCAAGCGGUUCCUGUACCCCCAGAACGAGUGCGAGCUCCACAGCUUCCGCCUCAGCUUCAGCCAGCUGCGCUGGGACCGCUGGAUCAUCGCGCCGCACCGCUACAGCCCCCAGUACUGCCAGGGCGACUGCCCGCGGGCGCUGGGGCAGCGCUACGGCUCCCCGGUGCACACCAUGGUCCAGAACAUCAUCUACGAGAAGCUGGACCCCUCUGUGGGGAAGCCCUCCUGCGUCCCCGCCGAGUACAGCCCGCUCAGCGUCCUCACCAUCGAGCCCGACGGCUCCAUCGCCUACAAGGAGUACGAGGACAUGAUCGCCACCAAGUGCACCUGCCGCUAG